AUGGACCCGUCCAGGCGACAGGGGCGUCCUGACGAGGAGAUGUUCCUCGCGAAGCCCUCCAACGCCGGUCCCGACACUCCCACAGUUGGCCCUUUGAGAAUCAACAAGCUGGACUCAGCCUCUCCACCGCCUCGUGGUGGUUCAGCAGGAAGCGGAGCAGAGGGCAUUUCACGGCCUCCGCCUCUACCGUCGUUCCCUAUGCCAGCCGCGAGCCCCCCACCAACCGCCCCACUACCUUAUCCGGAUGAUCGACUUCGACAGCAAGCAGCCGCUGGGCGCAAUGGUCGCAGGCGUAGAUCAAGCGCAACAAGGCCCGAAGGCUCACCUCGUGCGCGGUUUACCGCCGAUGAUCCAAACCGACCUACGGUAUCAAACUAUGGGACAGCACCUGCACGGACAGUCGAAGGAGUUCCGAUCACCGCUCGUCUGGGAGAGAGGCGUGGCGACACCCCGAAACCUCGACCGGACUCGCAGGGUUCAGAUGUGUCUGACAACGAUGAAUUGUUCCAGCGAGCGCCGCAACGGCCGGGUGGCUCUAUCUCGAACGCUAGCGGCACCGCCGCCGCCGGCGAUGUCAACACGAAUCCGUAUCCGGAAUAUCACCAGCAAUAUUGGCCUCCGACCAGUGGAGCUGAGUCUACAGGUCCUGGGCUGAAGAUCCCGAAUCCCGCCGGCGUCAACCGCCUAAGCUCGACCGCAUCCACAUCGACGACCAGAGCACAACGGGGUUCGCCUCCGCCGCCCGAGACGCCAAUCAUAGGGCCCCCUGGUGGUGGUAUUGAAGCGCGUUACGCAGCAGCUGGCAUCGCAGGACCAUCGACCCUAAACACAUUUCAAACGCAGAAUGCGGCUGCUGCUCAGCGUGCGCAGCCUUAUGCGAACCAACAGCCCCGGCCCGGAGCUAGUCCACCCGCGCAGCAGCAACAGAACCAGCAGCAGCCUCCAGCGCGACCAUGGACACCUACUGAGCAGCCAGGGAGCAAUCCAUACGGGCCACCAGCUGUUUACCGCGGACCAGAUGAAGUUCAUAGCAGUAGCGGUCCUCCGCAAGCUCCGCAAGCUCCUCAGAACCUACCUUUCCAGCCACAAACCACUGGACCACCGCAGACCGCCCCCGCGCAUCCACUGGAGCAGGACAUGCACCGUAUGAACUUGCAAGAAGAAGCUCCUCCUGCUUACCACAGCCUACACCACUCGGCUUCCAAAGCAGGACAGGGAGCAGCAAACGCCCAGGGCCAUCCGAAUGAGAAGCGGAAUGGGAGCGCGAACUCGCAACUUCCCAACACGCUGGCAGGAGCUGCUCUUGUCGCUGACGCAAACCUCCAGCAUCACCCGGCGUUUGCGAACGACCAAUACCAGCAGCAGCAGCAGCAGCAACCGCCUAACCUUUCGAUAUCUGUCACGUCACCACAGACUGGGCUGGCGCCAAUUCAGACUCAGCCUACGGAUUCAAUGGGCCCAGGGCCCGGACCAGCAUCUCCGCCACCGCUACCAGAGGGCUGGAUCGCUCACUUAGACCCCAACUCCGGACACUACUACUAUAUCCACCUGCCGACACAGUCCACGCAAUGGGAGUUCCCGAAAGGUCCGACACCCCUGAACUUGAGCGAACCUCUGUCUCCGACGGGGACCUUUGUCAAUCCCUUGACGUCACCAGGCCUGGGCACUUUCAGCGGGAAGCCGCUGGCAUCUCCAGGAUUUCCGCCACAGCAAGCCACGUAUCCCGAGAGUAUGGUCGGCAUGGCUGGAUUGUCGAGUCCUACAGCCGGAGCCUUCACUGGACCUCCACCAGUAGCGGGUGUCGACAUGUAUAAGAUCGCGCCGACAAACGGUGUCUACUUCGGACCCUACCUAAGAUACACCAACAUGGAUCUUGAGAGAGGUCUCUGGCUUGGCUCGAUCCUCCUUGUUACGGAUGCCCCGCAACCACCAACGAUUCACAUCCACCAGAGCGUAGACCUGUCGCCGAACCCACGACAACUGAAGGCAAACCCCAUAUUCAGCCAUCAGCGGUGGUUGUUCUAUAGAUAUGACGUCGAUUUGAGGAUGGAAGAUGACCACGAGGCCAAGUGGACUUAUGCAAUCACUUCUCAUCUCGGCUGCACACGCUAUGAGUUUCUCGUUGCCGGAAGACACCAAACAAACUGGCGCUUCAUUACCCACUCCGGCAACGACUUCGCCCUCAACGUCAACGCUAAUGACCGUCAAAAGCUCGGUGGUGUCGGCUUCAUGUGGAAAGACGUCCUCCAGAAGCACAUCGAAGUUGGAGGCUUUCACUGCCAGCUCGGCCUCGGUGACCAGAUCUACGCGGACCGGCUGUGGAAAGAGAUACCGCUGCUGAAGCAAUGGACAGCCAUGAGUGGCAAGGAGAACCGCAAGAACGCGCCGUGGACGGCCAAGCACGAAGAAGACGUAUCUCAUGCUUACUUCCAUUACUAUACUAGCCAUUUUGACCAGCCGCUGUUGCGAGAAGCGUUUGCGCAGAUACCGCACGUUUUGACACUGGAUGAUCAUGAUAUCUUCGACGGCUAUGGUUCCUACCCGGAAUACAUGCAAUUCUCGAACAUGUUCAAAAACAUCGGCCGCAUAGGCAUAGAGAUGUAUUUGCUCUUCCAGCACCACACCACGCUCGAAAUCCUGCGCAACGUCAGCAAUGACACCGACCUCUUUACCAUCACGGGCACCGGCUGGCACUUCCUCAAAUACCUUGGCCCUUCUGUGGUCGUUGUUGGGCCAGACUGCCGGUCUGAGCGGAACGCGCACCAGGUUAUGGCGGGUCCGACAUACCAGGGCCUCUUCCCGAAGAUCGCAAUGCUGCCGCCCAGCGUUCAGCACUGCCUCUGGCUCAUCCCGGUGCCAGUCGUGUAUCCGCGGCUGGAGAGCAUGGAACAUUUCGCGAACACGAUCACAACGGGCAAGAAGGCGGUAACAGGGACAUUUAACAUGCUGGGCAAGGUGACAAGCAGCGUUGCGGGCGUGGUUGGCGCGAAAGAGGUUGUUGGAGGGGGGUUCAGCUCUGUCAAGAAAGCGGUCGGCAAGUCGGGCCUUAUGAGCGGGAUAUUGAGUCCGUUUGGCGAGAUCGACGUGCUGGAUGAGUUGAGGGACCAGUGGACACACGAGAGCAAGGACCUCGAGCGCACCUAUCUCAUCCGUACACUGCAGGGAAUAGCACACAAUAAGUCUCUCCGCAUGACCUUCAUCUCCGGUGACGUCAAUCUCUGCGGCGCCGGCCUCGUCCACGACCCCUCCCGCCCCUCCGACCACAAAACAAUGUACCAGAUCAUCUCCUCCUCAAUCGUCAACGUGCCGCCCCCUUCGUACGUCCUGCGGCUGCUGCACAACAACAGGCCGCUCUAUAUCCCCGCCAACGGCCACAGGAGCAACCACCAAGUCUCGGAUACAAAGGAAGAUAUGAUGGAGAUCUUCGCUGUGGAUGUGGAUGGGCGACCGCGGGAGUGGAAACGGUUGAUGGGGCGACGGAACUAUGGGGUUGGGUGUGUUUUCGAUCCGGAGAUAGUAAUGGGCACCUUCGGCCAAGCAAACCCGGGCCACGGCAGCGGCCGCCUGAGCAUCAGCAUCGAGUUCAUGGUCCAGAACGAGGGCGUCUAUGGCCAGCCGGUCAAGUAUGGGCCGGUUGUUGUGCCUAGUCUGGAGUAUGGGCGGUGA